AUGAUCGGGGAAAGAGUGUUCUUGGCGGGGACUUCCCUGCACCUGUCUGUCCAAGCACUAGCUCUACAAGAAUCGCGCAGAGCCCAUGUCAAGCUCGUCCCACCUCAUGGCGCCCGCAUCCUCACCGUCGCCACCCCUCAACAGCUCCACGUCUUCACUCGAGCCCCCAACGCACCGUUCGCUGCCCGCCAAGGCUCCGCAUCGUCCUCGUCGUCCUCACGCCCCCCGUCCGUCGCCGGCAGCGUCACGUCGCUCGCACACAACUACCUCCCCGCCAAAUUCUCCUCCUCGCUCGUCACAAGGCGGAAACCGAAAGGCGCUAGAAGCAGUGGGAAGGGCGUGCCGCGGAUCCCGGGGUUCGCGCGCGGCGGGGGCGUCGAUGCGUUCGGAGCGGGCGCGGACCGAAUACCGGGCGAGCGCGACGAGGACGAGGACGAUUGGGGCGGGCGAUCUCGGUCGCUGUUCGCUGGUGUGGGGCGGGCGGGGAAGCGAGUGCGCUGGACCCGCUUCAAGGUGAUCCUGUUCGCCGCGAACCUCGUGCUCAUAAGCUACGCACUCGCCUCGCUCAUCACGCUGCUCCUCGUGUACUUCCGCGUGUUCCGCGUGUCGGCGGUGCUGCUGACCGCCAACUCCACGGAGCUGCUGCUGUCCACGCUCGCGUCGUCGUUCCUCUGCUUUGUCGGCCUGCUGGGCUUCCCAGGGAUCCUGCUCAACAACCGCCCCUUCCUCGCCGUGUACACUUUUUUCUUAUGGAUCGGGUUCGGGCUCAUGGUCGUGCCGGGGUAUCUCGCUUACAAACGCCGGAAUCUCAAUCUGGACGGCAAAAUCAACCAGCAGUGGAGUCGCGAGCUGGGGGCGGAGGACCGGCUAAUCAUCCAGGGCGCGCUGCAGUGCUGUGGGUACUUCAGCCCGUUUGUCGAGGCCACGCUGUCCGCGACAUGCUAUUCGCGAUCGGUGCUGCCUGGAUGCAAAAGCCAGUUUCUCGCCUUCGAGCGGCUGGCGCUGGAGCGGUUCUACACGUUCUCGUUUGGGCUGGUGCCAGUCCACAUCGGCGUGAUCGUCUGCGCACUCUUGUGCAGCAACCACGUCACGUAUCGUUUCGGCAAGGGGAUGAUGCCCAGAGCCUAUCGACUGAAACAGGAGGACGUCGCGCUCAUUGUGGAUCGCUAUGCCAGGCAUGUCAGCCGUCGUGUGCUAUUUCCGCUGCUGACGGUCGCGCAGUCAACUGGCGGAGCAAUACGGGGCGGAGGAGGCUUCUCGAAUCCUGGCGAGAUCUUCGUAUGGCGUCAACAAAGACCCGUGGUCUUCAUCCGGCACGUCGGCGAACGCUUCGAGCACUGAUGUCCACUUGAAGACGAUGGCGACCAUGCCGUAUUCGCCGCGCGAAGCUUCCGGCUCGUCGUGGGCGCGGACCGAGAACGCCAAAUACGAUUCGCUGGGCGGCAAAACGAGUCCGGGGCGCUAGCUUCUGCUCUUCGUUCGUUCUCUCAGUCCGUCUAUUCUCGUCGUGCCUCCCGCAUGUAUUGUAUUGUAUACUUGGACUUUCUAUAUUCUAUGUGAUCCACCGCGCCCGCUCACGAACCAGAAAUAGACACGUAUAUAUAUAGACAUCGCAUUCCCUCGCAUAUCCAUCCAAUACCAGCGUACUAAAACUUACCGUAUGAUCUAUUCUUAGACUUUUCUACGUGGCAAUUUGUUUUCGAUACGCUUGGACCGC